AUGGAGGUGGACCACACUCCAUGGCGGAUCAUUCUCUACUUCUUUGACGAUCUUCGGUUGUCUUUCAAUCGUACCAUUGAUCACUUGGAGCCAUGGCAGGUGGUCAUGUACACCCUGUCGGUGGUACUCUUCAUCCAAUGGAUAAGGAAGGUGGCCAAGUUGGACGACGGAUUUUCUAUGGGAAGAUCGGUAAAUAUUAAUUUAUUUAAAUUAUGUUACUAUAUAGUUCCUUCACUGUCAAAAUGUGAUUACGCAUGUUAUCAUAUGUUAUCUUCGCCUUUUUCAGUACCAACAACUUAUGAUGAACUUCCCGUAUUACAAGGAAAAAGCCAAACAACUACGUGAAGCCUCGAGAAAGGAAAUUGAGGAAAAGUUGCUACGACCUGACCUGCAACGAGAGUUCUACAAGUUCUUGCCAGAGAAGGGGUUGGCCGUCUCUGAUAUCAUAACCGAAGCUGUCGAGUACAAGUCGAUGGGAGAUCCCUUGUUCGAAAGAGGACGUGUUAGUGGGGCUGCCUUCUCUGACAGCAACGAUGAGCAGACACGGUUGUUAACAAAGGUCAGCUCUUUUUCAUUUAUUCUCUUUUGUUCGAAUAUUUCAUAUUUUACCUUCAACAAUCAAGUGAAAUUUAAAUUCAAUUUGUGUCUCUAUUUGAUAAGAAUGAUAAUUCCAAAGAUAUAUGAAUUGUUUGUUUGAGUGAUUGUCUAUAUCAUUUUCAGGUAUUCGAGAUGUUUGCCUACACAAACGCCAACUUCCCUGACAUCUACCCUGCUUGUAGGAAGAUGGAAGCCGAGAUUAUUCGUAUGUUGUGUGCGUUAUAUCAUGGUGGUACACGUUCGAGUGGGUCUUUGGCUACGUCAACAUCAGAAACAGCUAUCCUGGCUUGUUUAGGUAAUUCUACGGCUUUUUUUCUUUAGAGGUAGUAUUCUUGGAACCAGAUUUGGCAGAAGUCUUUCCCACUUGUGAAAGUUUUCCUAAUCGUAUCAUACUGUGUUCAAAAGAUACCGUGUGUUUUGUAUCAGCUCUUCGUAAUAAUGGGCGCUAGGACAAAUGCGGUUUUUGGACAUUUGCGGAAAUGCGGUUUUUAGACACUUGCGGAUCUUCGGUUUUUGGACACUUGCGGAUUUUGGACACUUGCGGAUUUUUUAAAGGUUUUUUUUUUUUAGUUAAUUUAGUUAUAUUAUGGUACUAAAUUGUACUAAAGUUUGAAUUGGUACGGUUUUAACGUAACAGUACCUUUUUGGGCUUUUAGUACUAUUUAGUACCAAAAAUAUAAAAACAGUACCGAUUAAAAAUUUAGUACUAUUUAACAUUAAGAAAUAUUAAGACAGUGCCAAUUCAAACUUUAGUACCAUUUAGUACCAUACUACAACUAAAUUAAAUAAAAAAUAAAAAAACCCCUUUAAAAAAUCCGCAAAUGUCCAAAAUCCGCAAGUGUCCAAAAACCGAAGAUCCGCAAGUGUCUAAAAACCGCAGAUCCGCAAAUGUCCAAAAACCGCAUUUGUCCUAGCGCCUAAUAAUGAUCUUACAAUUUUUUAAAGAAUAGUUUGUAUUGAGAACAAUUCUUGUAGCCUACCGCAACCGUGCUAUGAAAAAGGGUAUCAGGAAGCCCGAGGUUAUAAUUGGUAGGAAUGGCGACGUUUCCUUUUUAAAUGCGGCUAAAUUACUUGGUUUGCGUGUUGUACAUGUUCCGAUGAGCGAGAAACACAAGCUCGACCUAGGCGCUGUAAAACGUGCCAUUUCGCGUGAAACGUGCAUGGUAUGUUCAGUUUGUGACGCAAGAGUUAAAACAAAGCUAAAAUACAAUUUAAAACACUAAGAUACAAAAAUAUGAAUAUAACGUGAUGGAAAUUUAUCAAAUACUUGAUUAAUAUACAGAUUGUGGCAUCGGCGCCCAGCUGUGUCACCGGUAUCAUGGAUGACAUUGAGAAGAUCUCGGAGCUGGCUCUCCGUUACGGUAUCCCAGUCCACGUAGAUGCGUCGAUAGGAGGGUUUCUGUUGCCUUUCAUGGAACAGUGCGACUACGCUCCUCCGAUGUUCGACUUCCGUUUGUCUGGUGUGACUUCUAUUUCCGUUGAUCUCCAUAAGGUAAUACCUAUAGACCGCCAGAGUUAUAUGCCUAAUUUUACCCAAUAAUCAUCUUUUCAAAUUCAGUGGUGUGUGAGGCAAACAGCAGAUAUAUUACACUGAAAGUAAUCAUCCUUAAAUUUAAAUACAGACUUCAUACGAAUAGUAUACUGUAACAUAUUUAGUACGCGUACACUCCCGUGGGAUCUUCUGCCAUUUUGUACCGAGAACAUUACUAUCUGAAAGAGCAAUGUUUCUCUGACAUCAAUUGGCCCGGAGGCAUUUACGUGUCCCCAACCUUAAGUGGCAGUCGACCUGGCAGUUUAGUUGCCUUAACUUGGGCGACCUUACUUUUCAACGGAAAACUGGGAUUUGUAGAACGAACCCAGAAGGUCCUGGAUGCUACACACUUCCUGAAGGAGAAGCUACAUGAUUCUGAAUUCGUGGAGAUUCUUGGAGAACCAAUGCUGGCUUCUGUCGUCUUCCAAAGCAAGAAUCCAAAGGUUCAUUCCCAUUUGUUGGGGGACCUCCUCAAUGAAUUGGGAUGGAAUCUGGCUUUUAUUCAGUCUCCAGAAGCGUAAGGCGGCUAGCUAAAGUUGUGGCUUUACUGUAUGAUAUUUAAAAACCUCUCAACCACUUAUGUUGUUCACAAACGAAUUUUCUAGGCUCAGAUUCACAGUGACGGUGAAGCAGGCAUCGGCUGAAAUUAUCGAUGAAUUCAUCGACGAUCUUCAGAAGUCAUGCGAACGUUUGGCCAAAGACCCGAACGUUGAGUCGUUCCCCAAGAAAACGGUUCGUUUUUUUUUGUUUUUCACAUCAAUAUGCAUGUUGAAGUUGAAAUUAAAACCUCAAAAACAUGUAGCUAACAGAUAAUUAUCGUGUUCUCUCUUCAGCAAGUCUUCUUUGGAGUAUCAGCAUCUUUCGUUGAUCGUGGCAUUGCCGAAGAGUUGCCAUCGUUGUACAUGGACGCGUUCUACGCGACUCCAAUGGUGCCACGUCGCCAAAACCGAACCUUGAGUAUUGAAGGACGGAAAUUGAGUCACAUUCCAGGUAUAGGGAGCGACAGGGUUUAAUUGCUUUUACAGGGUCGAACAGUUUCAAUCUUCUGGAACAAAUGAAUUCCAAUUCGGUUCCCGCGAAGUUCUCCAAGAACCUCGAGACUCAGGAAGAGGAGGAGUGA